AGAUCGGCGACGUCCUCGACCGUGGCGGCGACGAGAUCAAGAUUCUCUACUUCCUGGAGAAGCUCAAGCGCCAGGCUGCGAAGUCCGGCGGCACGGUAGUUACGAUGAACGGGAACCACGAGAUCAUGAACAUUGAUGGUGAUUUUAGUCAUGUCCCUUGAAUCCUCCGACACACAGUCGCCGUCAACGAGCAGAGACUGGUCCUACCCGUCGCCGGCGAGCAGCAGAGACUGGUUCUUCCCGUCGCCGUUGGGCAUCCACCACUCCAGAACUCUCCCCAAUCGACGCUCCUUCGCAGCAAAACCCAGGGCUCCAAGAAGGACGCCCUCCUCCGCCUCCUCCUACUCCUACUCACCGUCGCCGUCGUCGUUUCAGCCCCCUCCCCGCUACCCCAGAUAUGCUGGAACACGGCGGCGUUUCGAAUUCGAUCCCCGCACGGCGGACGAUCGCCACGGCGCUUCGCGAGCAGCUUCCGUUGACAAAUGCGACGUCGUGUCGGCGGAGAAGCGCGAAGCUGUUUCGCUCCCUCGGAAGGCGCAUGCCGCCUUUGGGGGCCGUCAGCUGAAGGUUCGCUGGCAGAUGGCUUUUUCAGUGGCAAUUUUGGUAACAACGUUCUCAUGUCUACUGCACAAGAAUUUUUCUUUACACAAACAGGUUAUUGAUCUGCAGGAUCACAUUUCCAAAAUCAAUGUGAGACUACGGGCUUGCAAUUUGGUGGAUUCUGUGAACAUUAUAGAUUUUACACAACCUGAGGCUGAUCAUCUUCCUAACAAAAGCUUGAAAGUUUCCUCUCUUAUUAUCUCGCUCACAAUUUUAUCCAUUCCGUUUAUUUUCUUUAAGUAUGUUGACUAUGUCUCAAAAUCGAGAAGAUUGUCAGACAAUAUCACAGAAGAAUUGUCUUUAAACAAGCAGUUGGCAUAUAGGGUAGAUGUGUUUUUGUCAGUUAACCCAUAUGCUAAGCCUUUGGCAUUGUUAGUUGCAACCCUAUUAUUAAUUUGUCUCGGUGGGCUAGCUCUCUUUGGUGUGACAGAUGAUAACUUUGUUGACUGCCUUUGGUUGUCUUGGACAUAUGUAGCGGACUCGGGCGGUCAUACUAGUUCUGAAGGCUUAGGUCCAAGGCUAGUUUCAGUUUCCAUUAGCUUUGGUGGGAUGCUUGUAUUUGCAAUGAUGCUUGGACUCGUUUCUGAUGCAAUUUCUGAGAAGUUUGACUCACUGAGGAAAGGAAGAAGUGAGGUAGUUGAGCAAAACCACACUCUAAUUCUUGGGUGGAGUGAUAAAUUGGGUUCUCUACUAAAUCAACUUGCCAUUGCCAAUGAGAGUUUGGGUGGGGGGAUUAUUGUGGUGAUGGCUGAGCGAGAUAAAGAAGAGAUGGAACUUGACAUUGCUAAAAUGGAGUUUGAUUUCAGAGGAACAUCGGUUAUAUGCAGAGGUGGAAGUCCUCUGAUUUUAGCUGACCUAAAAAAGGUAUCUGUGUCCAAGGCCCGUGCAAUCAUUGUCCUUGCUGAAGAUGGAAAUGCUGAUCAGAGUGAUGCUCGUGCAUUGAGGACAGUUUUAAGCCUAACUGGAGUAAAAGAAGGGUUACGGGGUCACAUAGUUGUGGAAUUAAGUGAUCUUGACAAUGAGGUCCUCGUCAAACUUGUUGGUGGAGAUCUUGUUGAGACUGUUGUUGCUCAUGAUGUAAUUGGUCGCCUAAUGAUUCAAUGUGCUCGGCAACCAGGCCUUGCGCAGAUAUGGGAGGAUAUCCUUGGGUUUGAGAAUUGUGAGUUCUACAUUAAAAGAUGGCCGCAGUUGGAUGGCAUGCAUUUUGAGGAUGUAUUAAUCAGCUUUCCUGAUGCCAUUCCUUGUGGAGUCAAGGCUGCAUCUUAUGGUGGAAAAAUAAUUUUGAAUCCUGAUGACUCCUAUGUUCUACAAGAAGGUGAUGAAGUUCUUGUUAUAGCAGAAGAUGAUGAUUCAUAUUCCCCAUCAACAUUGCCAAUGGUCACAGAAGCACCAUUAAUGCAUAUUGCCCGACCAGCAAGAAAGCCACAGAAGAUUCUACUUUGUGGAUGGAGGCGGGACAUUGAUGAUAUGAUUGUGGUAUUGGAUGCCUUUUUAGCACCUGGUUCUGAGCUGUGGAUGUUUAAUGAUGUUCCUGAAAAGGAGAGGGAAAAGAAGCUCAUUGAUGGUGGCCUUGACAUUAACCGGUUGGUGAAUAUAUCAAUUGUUAAUCGUGAAGGAAAUGCAGUUAUAAGGCGCCACCUGGAAAGCCUUCCCUUAGAAUCUUUUCAUUCAAUCUUAAUUUUGGCUGAUGAAUCAGUGGAAGAUUUAGCCAUUAAAGCUGAUUCCAGAUCUCUUGCCACUUUGCUUUUGAUUCGUGAUAUUCAGGCUAAGCGCCUUCCUUACAAAGAGGCCAGGGUUUCCCAAGGACUCAGAGGUAUUGCACAAGGCUCUUGGAUAGGGGAAAUGCAGCAGGCUUCAGAUAUAUCAGUUAUAAUCAGUGAAAUUCUGGAUCCAAGGACUAAAAAUUUAUUAUCCAUGUCAAAAAUCAGUGAUUAUGUUCUAUCCAAUGAGCUUGUCAGCAUGGCACUGGCCAUGGUUGCUGAAGACCGGCAAAUAAAUGAUGUACUGGAAGAGCUGUUUGCAGAAGAGGGCAAUGAAAUGCAUAUUAGGCAAGCAGAUCUCUACCUUCGUGAUGGCGAGGAACUGAGUUUCUAUGAAAUACUCUUACGAGCGCGACAAAGGAGGGAGAUUGUGAUAGGGUAUCGCCAAACUAAAGCAGAGAAAGCCGUUAUCAAUCCCCCAUGCAAAAAUGAAAAACGGAGAUGGUCACUAAAGGAUGUGUUCAUUGUAAUUGCUGAGAAGGAAUAACAACAUCUCUUUUUGUCAAAAGCAGGAGAUUCUUAGAAGUGUGGAUCUGAUUAAAGAAUCAAGAGGAUAGGAAAGAAAAGCUCACACAUUAUGGAGAAACAUUACUAAAGAGAUCCCUUUUGCUGCCUCUUUAUUUUUUCAACAAGUGAAUAGGGAACCACACUGCAGACGGCAGCUGAAUAGAGACCACGCAACAGGGGAGCCAGGACCCACCUGACCAGAUUAGUCAGGUAAUUUAAUUGAGCAAAGGAUUACACAGGAAGAUUGAGUUCGUUUUUAACUCUAUAUCCUUCUUCUUACUACACCAUAUCUGAAACUCUGCACAAAUCAGAGAUGCAUAUUAACUGUUUAUUCUUCUUCUUCUUCUUCUUCAUUCAUUUAUUUUCCCCCUUAUCUAAGGGCACCUUUAAGCCCGAAGGGGCUUGUCUAUGUAUAUAUGGUGAAAAGGCAAGGUACUCUUGAAGAAACCUAUGUACCAUUGAGCUGUUGUGAAUUGAAUAUUAGUUGGUCAAUUCUCCAUUUUGCUGCA